AAUCGGUUAUCGGUAAAAUUCAAUAUCGGUCUACCUCUAGACAUAACAUAUGAAUAAAAUAUAAAUUUUUCAUACUAUUUAUUUUACAUUUCAUUUUAAAGUAUACAUUUAUUUAUUAACAAAUGUUGCUCAGCUUUGCAGCCGCUAGAGCAAAGACUGUGACAACUAGCCCCGGUCGCCUCGUACCACGGUAAACUCGUGCUGUUGUGUUUACAUCAAUCAGAAGUCCUAUUAUAUAACGCUCGCUUGACAGUCGCACAGGACACGCCCUCGCAGCCCGAUUCAUUCUCUAUGUCAGUCGCUAGCUAUAUAAUGCCGCUGCGAACAAGAAAGGGUCCGUACGGCAGCACUCACUGAACGUCUCAUCAUGUCGCAAGCUUCCGCCGCUCCGCCGAACUUCUCGUGGGUCGAACCGCGCAAGCUCGCCGGACUCGCCUGCCCCUCAGAGACGCAGCACUACAGGUUCCUGGUGGAGAACGGCAUCAGACACCUGGUGUGCCUGCUGGAGUCCAAACCACCGAAAUGCGACACGUGUCCGGAGCUCGUCCUGCAUCACAUCAGCGUGGUGGACUUCACUCCGCCGAGUCUGCCUCAGAUCCGGAGCUUCCUGAGCAUCGUGGAGGAAGCCAACGCUAAAGGGGAGGCCGUUGCAGUUCACUGCAUGCACGGUCACGGCCGGACGGGCACCAUGCUGGCCUGCUACCUGGUUAAAACAAGAAACAUCUCAGGUCUGGAAGCCAUCAAAGAAAUCCGACGCCUUCGAAAAGGGUCCAUUGAGACAAAAGAGCAAGAGAAAGCAGUGAUAGAGUUUCAUAAAUACAUCCAAAACUGCUCUCAAAACUGUUGUCAAAAGCGUUAACUCCACGCGUACAAUUCUGUCUGUGACCCAUGUUUUUCAGCUGAUAUCACCGUGAGAGAAUUUAGGUAGUUUAUAAAUGAAGUUUUUUUUUUUAAAAUUUAAGCACACAAUAUGUACAUUGGGUUAAUAAUGUUUGUUUGUAUUCAUCUCUACAAACUAAUCAAAAUAUGCAUUAAAAAUAAAAUUGACCAUGA